CUGGCGUGUGUAGCAAAAGGGGGGAGCUACAAUGCUGUGCUGGGGAAAUGCUUCCUACGGACAGCUGGGCUUGGGUGGGAUUGAUGAAGAGAUCGUGGUUGAGCCACGAAAAUGUGAAUUCUUUCAUGGGAAGCAAGUGUGUGAUGUGGGGUGUGGCCGCAGACACACAGCCUUCCUGCUGGAGGAUGGGACAGUGUACACCUGUGGCUGCAACGACUUAGGGCAGCUGGGACAUGAGAAGUCCAGAAAAAAACCAGAACAGGUUGUGGCCCUGGAUGCACAGAUCAUAGUGGCAGUGUCAUGUGGAGAGUCCCACACACACGCCCUGAAUGACAAAGGGCAGGUUUUUUCGUGGGGUCUGGGCUCAGAUGGGCAGCUGGGCCUAAAUAACUUCGAAGAAUGUGUUCGUGUGCCUAGAAACAUCAAGAGUUUGUCAGAUGUACAAAUCGCUCAGGUAGCCUGUGGGUAUUGGCACUCACAUGGACUUUCAAGAGGGGGCCAAGUCUUCUCCUGGGGCCAGAAUCGAUAUGGACAACUUGGGCUAGGAAUAAAGGGACAGAGCAUUUCCACACCCCAAAUCAUUCAGUCUCUGCAGGCUAUUCCUUUUGCUCAGAUAUCAGCGGGUGGUGCUCACAGCUUUGCCCUCACUCUCUCAGGAGCGGUGUUUGGUUGGGGGCGCAACAAGUUUGGUCAGCUGGGUCUCAAUGACACCAAUGAUCGAUGUUUCCCGGCCCUGCUGAAGUCCCUUAGAUCUCAGAGAGUGAUUUACAUCUCCUGUGGAGAAGAUCACACAGCAGCACUGACCAAGGAAGGAGGUGUGUUUACAUUUGGAGCAGGAGGAUAUGGACAACUUGGACAUAACUCUACAAACCAUGAAAUCAACCCUAGGAAAGUGUUUGAGCUCAUGGGAAAUGUAGUCACGCAGAUUGCAUGUGGAAGGCAGCACACGUUAGCUUUCACACCUUCCUCUGGGAAGAUGGACUCAUUUGGGCUUGGUGGUAACGGGCAGCUUGGUACACGCUCCACUUGCAACAGGAAAAGCCCCGCCCCCGUCAAAGGCCCCUGGGUAGCCUCCAAUGCUCCAGCGGAUACAGAAUCGCAGCAGUGCUGUUGUGUCAAGAGGAUUCAUGCCGGAGGAGAUCAGAGCUUUGCUCACUAUUGCACUGCCAGUAACCUCCAGAGCAUGGAUGAUGUGAGGAUACAAGAUCCCCACAGAGGGAUUUGCACCUUGAAUGAGGAUAUCAUACAAAAAUGGUUGAACCAUUCACCAGGAAGACUCCCGCUCGAAAUCUCCAAUGAGAUUGACCUCGUGUUCUCCUCAGCAAGCUGCCUCAAUGGAUCUUUUCUGUCAAUGAGUCACCCAGAUCACUACAGUACCAGCAGCAAAUAUUCAGGGGUGGAUAUGAACAUGGCGCGCAUCUUGUUUCACAGGCUGAUUCAGCAAGAUCACCCGGAGAUAGCUCAGCAGAUCGCUGCCAGUCUGGAAAAGAACCUGAUUCUGAGACUGAGCAGCUCUCCUCCAGACAUUGAAGCCCUGAGACUCUACCUCAUUCUCCCAGAAUGCCCUCUCUUCAGUGAGCGAAAUAAUUAUGUGACCAUUGCUAUUCCUUUUGCCAAGUCCCUCCUCAGCCUGAAAGAGGCUCCACUGAGGGUGCUAGGAAACUGGUGGUCUACGUUUGAGCCCCCAGUCUUCCAGUGGCUGGUUGAGUUGUACAAGGAGGUGGUGGUUUAUCUGCUUCAGAUGCACAAGGUGGGCAUUCCUUCAGUAGAGCAGAGGAUUUUCACCUGUUUCCUGGACACGUCCCUCCGACUCCUGGAGAUCCUGCACACGGUGAGUGAGAGAGCAGGACACAUCAUUCAGUACGAUAAAUUCUACAUCCACGAGUUGGAUGACUUGAUAGAUAUCAGAAAUGACUACGUCACAUGGAUUCAGAGGCAGAUGUACCCACUGGGUCAUGAUGGUGUGGUGACUCUGUGCAGGUAUCCUUUUGUAUUUGAUGCCCAAGCAAAGACCACUCUGCUUCAAACUGAUGCUGUCAUACAGAUGCAGAUGGCAGUGGACCAGGCACAGAUGCAAAACUUCAGCUCCAUGUUCCUGCCAGCAGUGGAAUCUGUCAACCCAUGCCUCAUCCUCAUCGUCCGGAGGGAAAAUAUUGUUGGAGACACCAUGGAAGUCCUCAGGAAGUCCAAGAACGUUGACUACAAGAAACCACUCAAGGUGAUCUUUGUGGGAGAGGAGGCUGUCGAUGCAGGAGGCGUGAGAAAGGAGUUCUUCCUCCUGAUCAUGAAAGAGCUGCUGGAUCCCAAAUAUGGCAUGUUUCGUUACUACGAGGAGUCCAGGCUCAUCUGGUUUUCAAACAAGACCUUUGAGGACAUUGACUUGUUCAACCUCAUCGGAGUCAUCUGUGGUCUGGCCAUCUACAAUCUCACUAUAGUGGAGCUCAACUUCCCUGUGGCCCUUUACAAGAAGCUUCUGAAGAGGAAGCCAACACUAGACGACCUGAAAGAGCUAAUGCCAGAUGUGGGAAGGAGUCUGCAGCAGUUGCUGGACUACACUGAAGAUGACCUUGAGGAAACGUUCUGCUUGAACUUCACAAUCACAGAGGAAAACUAUGGUGCCACAGAGGUUUUGGAACUAGUACCGAACGGCGAGGACAUCAAUGUUAAUACAUCAAACAAGCAGGACUUUGUCAACGCCUAUGUUGACUAUGUUUUCAACACGUCAGUGGCCCCACUGUUUGAAUGCUUCUAUGCAGGCUUUCACAAAGUGUGCGGUGGAAAGGUUUUAGACUUGUUCCAGCCAAACGAACUGCAAGCCAUGGUCAUUGGCAACACCAACUAUGACUGGAUGGAGCUCGAAAAGAGUACUGAAUACAAAGGGGAGUAUUGGACAGAUCAUCCCACCAUCAGGCUCUUCUGGGAGGUGUUCCACAGUCUUCCUUUAGAGAAGAAAAAACAGUUCCUCUUGUUCCUCACAGGAAGCGACCGCAUACCCAUCUUGGGCAUGAAAAGCCUGAAACUGGUGAUCCAGCCCACCGGUGGAGGGGAGCAUUAUUUACCUGUCGCCCACACCUGCUUCAACCUGCUGGACCUGCCCAAGUACACGAGUCUGGAAACGCUCCAAGAGAAGCUUCUACAGGCUAUAGAUCACAACCAAGGCUUUAAUCUUGCCUGAAAGUACCCAGAAAUGCCUAGAACUCCAUGUCGAGACCAGAAUGUUUUGUUUUGCAGACUUCUCAGUCCGAAUUCUGCUUUAAGAAUUGAACACUGGUUAGGAAAGAGGAGGAGGCCACAUUACGCUAGAAAUGAUUAAGAAUUGGAUGUCUAGACUUUCAUGUUAAUCUUGACUUUGAUCUUCCAGCUUUUUUCCAUGCCAUCACAGUAUUUGAUGCCCUAUUAAAAGCUGAUUGACAUUUGA